AUGGCGAUUGCUCUGGAUCCUAUGUCGUCCGAAAUGGUCGGAAAGCUGGGCAAUAAAGUCUUCUAUGGACUUAGCAGUGCCGUGCUGAGACCAAGACAUAAAGGAAACAGAGCAAAGGAAGUGGUUGAAGAUGAGCGACCAACAACAUCUGCGGCUUGUGCUCAGUCAAGCAACCAGAAGCCGAAAACGGGUCUCAAUUCCGGGGGACCACCCUUGAGAGGGGGCAGAAUCCGUGCCCAGGGCCGAAAACCUUCCGCUCUCUCUGGUCGUCUGAGGAAAUGGGAAAGAAAAGACCCGGAGGCCGCGGAAUUGCUGCGCGAGCUCAUACAGCGUGAUCUGGUGGCGGUACAGGCAGAAGUGCCUAGUACUAGGGGGACGAGAAUAAUAGUUUUUGCAUCUAUGUACCUCCCUGGCGACGCAGAGGAAGCGGUGUCUCUCGAGCUCCAGCAGCUUACAGAAUACUGCCGUAUCCGAAACCUACAGUGGGUAAUGUGCUGCGACGCCAACGCACACCAUACAGUAUGGGGAAGCACAGACAUCAAUACACGAGGUGAGUCACUUUUUGAUUAUAUCACAACUAACAAUUUAAUGGUAGUUAAUAAAGGUAACGAACCUACUUUUGUAAAUGCGAUAAGGGAAGAGGUAUUAGAUCUCACUUUAGCAAGCACAUUUAUAUCAAAUAACAUUUCAAAUUGGAGGGUGUUAGAGGAGAACUCCUUAUCAGAUCACAAAUAUAUACGCUUUGAUUUGGAAGGGGAAGUUGAAGACACUUUCGAAAUAAGAAAUGUUAGGAAGACCAACUGGUCUCUAUAUAACUUCUAUUUAGAACAAAACAUUAGUUGUCUUGGGAAUAGGAUUACUAAUUGUCAGGAACUAAAUCUUGAGGUUAACAAACUAGAAAAUAUUAUUACAGGGGCUUUUGAAAAUAGCUGCGAACUUAUCAAAAAGAAACGUUCUAGGAACGUCCCAUGGUGGAAUAGGGAACUAGAUAUUUUACGCAAAAAAGCCCGCCAGCUCCUUAAUAGAGCCAAGUCCAAUGGGGACUGGGCAUCUUACAAGUGUGCCUUAACGGCUUACAAUAGGGAAUUGAGGAAAUCAAAGAGGGAAUCAUGGAGGAGGCACUGCGAGGAGAUUGAAACACUUCCUGCGGCUGCGAGACUCCAGAAAUCUCUAAAUAAAGACCACUCAAAUAGCCUCUCUACAUUAAAGAAGGCUGACGGAAGCUUUACGGUAAGUCUGGAAGAAACGGGACAGCUUUUGCUGGACACUCAUUUUCCAGGCUGCGCCAUGUAUACUGAGACUACGGAAACCAUCGAGGAUACUCGUUUCUUAUUGGUUACACGAAGAGAUCUUUCACUGGCCCGUAAAAUCUUUACAGUCAAUAAAACUAAAUGGGCCAUUUCCACUUUCAGCCCGUUUAAAUCACCUGGUAUCGAUAAUAUACAACCGUGCCUUCUUCAGAAAGGCGUUGAUAUAUUAGCACCGAUAUUAACAAACUUAUUUAGGAUAAGUCUAGAAUUAGGCGUAAUACCUAAACAUUGGACGAAGGCUAGGGUAGCUUUCAUACCGAAAGCAGGCAAAAAGGCGGACCACACGCCAAAAGCUUUUCGGCCCAUUAGCCUUACUUCUUUCCUGCUUAAAACAAUGGAGAAGAUUCUAGAUCAAUACAUCAGGGAAGUCUAUAUUAAAGCUUCACCUCUACAUAUUGAACAGUAUGCUUAUCAGUCGGGCAAAUCGACCGACACCGCUAUACAUAGUCUGACGAGUAAAAUCGAGAAGGCUUUAGACGGUAAGGAAAUAGCUCUCUGCACAUCGGUUGACAUUACAGGAGCUUUUGAUAAUGCAACAUUCAGAUCAAUUGAGGCAGGAAUGUUUGUACAACCUAGCCACAAUGUUGACGGGUGCUGCAGAGGCGAGCAUUUUCAAAUAUCUCCAGAAUUUGUUGGUGAGUGA